AUGUAUUUUCUACUUAGAGCCGGAGUGCUAUUUUUUCAGAUAUUAACAGCAAAGGCUGUUUCUAUUGAAGGUUUAGUGGGAGAAAAAAUCAUGGUGGCAGUGCAAAUGGAAAGGAUGGUAAAGGAUGGAAAGAUGUUGAUAACCCGAAAAGAGUACAGCGCGUACUGCAAUACAAACACGCUGUGCUUUAUAAAUAAAACCAGCACAAAAAAAGCAAUAUCCAUCUCAUCUAAUUCAAUAGAAUACAUGCUAACGUGCCUAUUUGAGGAAAAAACUCAAAUUAAACCACCACUAAUACUGCACGAGGAUUCUUCUGAGCAGGAAAAUGGGAUAAACCUUAUAAACAUAGCCAAAAAAGACAGUAAAUACAACAGAGAACUAAAAAACUUUAUGAUUGAUCUGAAAAACAACAGUUUGCUGUUGACAAGUUACGAUUCUACUAUAAAAGAUGCUAUAUCGUUUCUAGAGGCAAUUAAGUACAAUGGGUUUCUUGUAGUUGUAUGCACAACGACUUCGCAGAUAAAUUGUCUACUGAGCAUGUGCAACAGCCUUAUUAAAGGCCCGCGCGUAAUUGGACUGCAAGCAUCAGAAGAUCUAUUAUAUUUUAAAACAAUAUCAAACCCAAUAAUAUCCCAUAUAAUGGGGCAAUUUGCGCCUACAAUAUAUAUUGAGAUAUCCCCAAAGCCGGGAUUUCAAGACACAAUAGCACCGUUUGCAGCACUUGUUUUAAUAAGCAUAAUGACUGUUGCCAUUGGGGGGCUAUACCUGUUUAUUAGUAGGCACAUAGUGCGCAGACCUGCUCCCAAAACAGUGGCCUCUCAAGAUCUGCAGAUGAUUCCCACAAUGCUGUAUAUAAGCAUACCACCCAGUGAUCCGCCGGCGCCACAGGACUGUGUUAUAUGCUUUGAGCAGUUUUUACCAGCGUCUAACUGCCGGCUUCUUCCCUGUAAUCACAUAUACCAUGUAGAGUGCAUUGACACAUGGUUAAAGCAGUACUCAAACAGGUGUCCGUACUGCCAGAGUUUAGUUAAGAACGGCGACUACAUGCACCCAGACUACCGCAUACAAUAGAAUUAUAUUGUAUUCACUGUGUAUACUAGAAAAAUAAUAAAACUAUAUGAAGCCAAUGAAUAGAUGUGUAAUAGGACAAUGCUUCUAAUAAAAAAGUAAUAGAUCAAUGCAUGCAUAUAUAUACUACUAGAUUCCGCCAAUAUACACAGAUAGCACCCCGCCACUACAUCUACUUUUUCUUGGUAUAUAGAAACCUGCCUCGCUUAAAGUUGAUUUGUAGUGUAUUUUCUCUUUUUACUAGUAUAUAACAACAAUAGACAUUUCUUGAACUUCAGGAUGUAUUUCUAUAUAAAUGCAUCGUGCACUAGAAAACAGUAGCAAACAGAUUAUCUAUUUAUCUAUGCUUGAUAGUUCUGUAAAAUAAAACAUUAUAUAAACC